UAGCCUAUAAACUUCAAUCUUUAAUGCAGUCACCGUAUCCAUUAAUUACUUGUAUCUGCCUUGAGGGCAGAGAUACAGUAGUCAUAUCAUAAUACUCUAUCCAUUGAUGAAUCGUGUUACCGCGCUCAAGGCACGUGGCAAAAAUUUAUAUAUGAAAAGCAUAAUUAACAAAAUUGUUCGCAAUAACAAUGAGUAAUAAAAUUCAUCUUAAACAUGACUGUUUUUUAAUACUUCAAGAUGGGAGUUUUUUUUCCGGUAAAAGUUUUGGAGCUCGUCAAUCAAUCGAUGGCGAAGUUGUUUUUCAAACUGGUAUGGUCGGCUACAUUGAAUCCCUUACUGACCCUUCUUAUCACUCUCAAAUAUUAGUAUUAACAUAUCCAUUAAUUGGUAAUUAUGGUGUGCCUGGAGAAGAAACGGAUGAACAUGGUUUGCCACGUUGGUUCGAAUCUCGUCGAAUCUGGACAGCAGGGCUCAUUGUCAGUGAAAUAUGUGACACACCAAGCCAUUGGUGUCACGUAAAAACAUUAUCAAAAUGGAUGGAAGCAGAAAACAUUCCUGGUAUAUGUGAAAUAGAUACUCGAGCGUUAACUAAAGUUAUACGUGAAAAUGGCAGUAUUCUCGGUAAAAUAGUUCACAACAUUUUACCACCAUCACCAUUGACGUGGUCAUUAUCGACUAAUGACUGGAUACAAUUUAUUAUAGAAAUGGAUAAUCCAAACAAUAGGAAUUUAGUUGCCGAAGUAUCAUUGAACUCUCCUAUUACCUACAACGCAAAUGGUAAUCCUAGAAUAUGCAUUGUAGAUUGUGGGCUUAAAUACAAUCAAAUUCGUUGUUUUUUAAAACGUGGUGCACAAGUCGAUGUUGUACCUUGGAAUUAUGAUUUUGUCAAAGUAAUACAUAAGUAUGAUGGUCUUUUUUUAAGCAAUGGACCUGGUGAUCCUAGUAUGUGUUCUAUAACUGUUGAUAAUUUGAAACGAUUAAUCCACAAGCCAUCUAAAGAUCAUCACGUUAUUCCAAUAUUUGGUAUAUGUUUAGGCCAUCAACUUUUAUCCUUAGCAGCAGGAUUUAAAAGUUAUAAAAUGGCAUAUGGGAAUCGUGGGCAUAAUCAGCCUGUCAUUCAUAUUCCUACCGGACGUUGUUAUAUGACAUCACAAAAUCACGGUUUUGUGAUAAAUAUGAAAUCACCAUCAGACGAUACAAAAAUAACAGAUGAACAGAAUUUUAUAUCAUUAGAUGAUUGGGAAGAAUUAUUUGUAAAUGCCAAUGAUAAAACAAAUGAAGGUAUUAUUCACAAAACUUUACCUUAUUUUUCUGUACAGUUUCAUCCUGAACAUAUGGCUGGUCCACAAGAUUUAGAAUGCCUUUUUGAUGUAUUCAUCAAUCAAGCAGUAUCAUAUCAGCAGUUUAAAAAAAAUAUUCCAUUAUCUAUUGAGACUAAUAUACAAGAAAAUCUUACACUUGUUCUGAAUAAUAAUACAGAUAAUAAUGCUACUAAUAUUUCGUCACGACCUCGGAAAGUACUAAUUUUAGGGUCAGGUGGCUUAAGUAUCGGCCAAGCUGGAGAAUUCGAUUAUUCUGGAUCACAAGCUAUUAAAGCUUUACGUGAAAAUGGAAUACAAUCAGUUCUUAUAAAUCCUAAUAUUGCAACUGUCCAAACAACUAAAGGAAUGGCGGAUAAAGUUUAUUUUCUUCCUAUAAUACCAGAAUACGUUGAACAAGUAAUACAAUCUGAACGACCUGAUGGAGUUUUAUUAAAUUUUGGUGGACAAACAGCACUUAACUGUGGUGUUAAAUUAGAAGAGAAUGGUAUUUUUAAAAAAUACAACGUUAGAAUAUUGGGAACACCAAUUGAAUCAAUAAUAGCAACUGAGGACAGAAAAAUAUUUACAGAACGCAUUAAUAGUAUAAAUGAAAAAGUUGCACCUAGUGUCGCAGUAUCUUCAAUUCAAGAAGCCCUUCAAGCUGCCGAUAAGUUAGGAUAUCCAGUAAUGGCUAGAGCAGCUUUUUCCCUUGGAGGCCUUGGUUCAGGAUUUGCCAAUACAAAAGAUGAACUUCGUGUUUUGGCACAACAAGCAUUGGCUCAUUCUAGCCAGUUAAUUAUUGAUAAAUCACUCAAAGGCUGGAAAGAAGUUGAAUAUGAAGUGGUAAGGGAUGCUUAUGAUAAUUGUAUUACCGUUUGUAACAUGGAAAAUGUUGAUCCUCUAGGAAUACACACUGGUGAAUCAAUAGUUGUAGCACCCAGCCAAACAUUAUCCAAUCGAGAGUAUAACACUUUAAGAACGGUAGCUCUCAAAGUUAUACGACAUUUUGGUAUUAUAGGUGAAUGUAACAUACAAUAUGCAGUAAAUCCCCUUAAUUCGGAUGAAUAUUAUAUAAUCGAAGUUAAUGCUAGAUUAUCCAGAAGUUCAGCAUUAGCUAGUAAAGCAACUGGCUAUCCUUUAGCUUAUGUAGCAGCUAAGCUAGCUCUUGGUAUGUCGUUACCAAAAAUUUCAAACACUGCAGUUACUGCAUGCAAUACAACAGCAUGUUUUGAACCCAGUUUAGAUUAUUGUGUUGUUAAAAUACCACGAUGGGACUUGAGUAAAUUUCAACGAGUUUCAACUAAAAUUGGAAGUUCGAUGAAAAGUGUUGGUGAAGUGAUGGCAAUUGGUCGUAAGUUUGAAGAAGCUUUUCAAAAAGCGUUACGAAUGGUGGAUGAAAAUGUAACUGGUUUUGAUCCUUAUUUAAAACCAUUAAACGAUGAUGAAUUGGAGAAACCAACAGAUAAGAGAAUAUUUGUACUUGCUGCAUCUCUUAAAGCGGGUUAUAGUAUUGAACGGCUUUAUGAAUUGACUAAAAUAGACAGAUGGUUUUUAAAUAAAAUGAAAAAUAUUGUUGAUUAUUAUAAUUUAUUAGAAACUAUAAGCAGUAACAAUUUUGGAAUUGGUAAUAUUUCUCAUUCAAUUUUGUUGGGUGCUAAACAAAUAGGUUUCUCUGAUAAACAAAUAGCUAAAGCCAUCAAAAAUACUGAAUUGGCAGUUCGUAAAAAACGUAAAGAAAAUAACAUUUGUCCCUUUGUUAAACAAAUUGAUACAGUUGCUGGUGAAUGGCCAACAUCAACUAAUUAUCUUUAUUUAACAUACAAUGCUACUACUCAUGACGUUGACUUUUUCGGUGGAGCACAACCAGCAAGCAGUGAAAUCAACUCAAAUACCAUUAUUGUUAUUGGAUCAGGAGUAUAUCGAAUUGGAAGUUCUGUUGAAUUCGAUUGGUGUGCGGUUAGUUGUCUUCGUGAACUACGAAAUCUUGGUCGUAAAACGAUAAUGAUAAAUUAUAAUCCAGAAACUGUUUCUACUGAUUAUGAUAUGUCGGAUCGUUUAUAUUUUGAUGAGAUAUCUUUCGAAGUUGUUAUGGAUAUUUAUGAUCAUGAAAAUCCUGAAGGUAUUAUUUUAUCAAUGGGUGGUCAAUUACCUAAUAAUAUAGCAAUGGAUCUUCACCGUCAACAAGCAAGAAUUCUUGGAACAUCACCUGAAUCUAUAGAUGGAGCGGAAAAUCGUUUUAAAUUUUCACGAAUGCUCGAUCGCAUUGGAGUAUCUCAACCACGAUGGAAAGAAUUAACGGAUCUAGACUCUGCCAUGGAAUUUUGUAAUCAAGUUGGCUAUCCGUGUUUGGUAAGGCCUUCAUAUGUAUUAAGUGGAGCAGCAAUGAACGUUGCAUAUUCAAAUCAAGAUCUAGAAACAUACUUGAAAAGUGCAAGUAAUGUCAGUAAAGAGCAUCCUGUUGUUAUAUCUAAAUUUAUACUAGAAGCUAAAGAAAUUGAUGUAGAUGCUGUUGCUUAUGAAGGAGUUAUUUUAUGUAUGGCAGUAUCAGAACACGUUGAAAAUGCUGGAGUCCACUCUGGAGAUGCAACUUUAGUGACACCACCACAAGAUAUUAAUUCGGAAACGUUGACAAAGAUAAAAAUUAUAUCCAAAGCUAUUGCAGCUGCAUUAGAAGUAACUGGUCCUUUUAACAUGCAACUUAUAGCUAAAAACAAUGAGUUGAAAGUCAUUGAAUGUAAUGUUCGUGUCUCAAGAUCAUUUCCGUUUGUUUCUAAGACAUUAGAUCAUGAUUUUGUUGCUAUGGCCACUCGUCUUAUUGUCAAUCCCGGUACUGUUGAACCUGUGGAUAUUUUAGCAGGCUGUGGUAAAGUUGGAGUUAAAGUUCCACAAUUUUCUUUUUCACGUUUAACUGGAGCAGAUGUUACUUUAGGAGUUGAAAUGGCAUCAACUGGAGAAGUAGCUUGCUUUGGCGAAAAUCGAUAUGAAGCUUAUUUAAAAGGAAUGAUGAGUACCGGUUUUCAUAUUCCACAAAAAGGAAUACUUCUUUCAAUUGGUACUUUUAAGCAUAAAAUGGAAUUAUUGCCAUCGAUUCAAAGUCUUCAUAAAAUGGGAUACAAACUGUAUGCCAGUAUGGGAACCGCUGAUUUUUAUACCGAACAUGGCGUACAAGUUGAACCGGUUCAAUGGACUUUUGAGAAUAUUGAUGCAAAUUCUACCAUUUCUGAAGAUUCGAAUCCUAAUGAGCUUUGUCAUUUAGCUGAUUUUCUAUCCAAAAAACACUUUGAUUUGGUAAUUAACUUACCUAUGAGAACUGGAGGAGCCCGUCGUGUUUCAAAUUUUAUGACACAUGGUUAUCGCACCCGAAGGCUUGCUGUUGAUUACUCUGUACCUCUCGUUACAGAUGUGAAAUGUGCCAAACUUUUAGUUGAUGCUAUUGGUAAACUAGGCGGUCAUUUACCACGAAUAAAAACACAUAUUGACUGUAUGUCUUCAAGGAAAAUGAUGAAGUUGCCUGGUUUUAUUGAUGUUCAUGUACAUACUCGUGAUCCUGGUGCUACACAUAAAGAAGAUUUUGCAUCUUGCACUGCAGCUGCUUUAGCUGGUGGUAUAACCACCAUUUUUGCAAUGCCUAAUACGAAUCCAGCUGUAAUUGAUCAUCAAUCAUUUGCUGUUGCAAAAGAACGAGCAAAGGCUGGUGCAAGAUGUGAUUAUGCUCUAUUUUUAGGCGCUUCAUCGGAUAAUUAUAAUACAGUGAGUUGUUCUGAGCUAGCACCUUUGGCUGCUGGACUAAAGAUGUACCUUAAUGAAACCUUCACCACCCUCAGAUUAACUGAUCUCAGCAUCUGGAUUAAACAUUUUGAUAGCUGGCCUAAAAAAUAUCCUCUUUGUGUCCAUGCUGAAGGUCAAACAACUGCAGCUGUUAUUCUAUUGGCAAGUUUACAUAAUAGACCAAUUCAUAUUUGCCAUGUUGCACGUAAAGAAGAAAUUCAAAUAAUUCGUGCAGCAAAAGAUAAAGGAUUGGCUGUUACUUGCGAAGUAUGCCCACAUCACUUAUUUUUAUCUACUAAUGAUUUGGAAAGAAUUGGAUUAUCGAAAGGGCAAGUGAGACCAAUGCUAGGAAACUUAGCAGAUCAACAAGCUUUAUGGGAUAAUAUGGAUAUAAUUGAUUGUUUUGUAACUGAUCAUGCACCACAUACAGUAGAGGAAAAAAUAAGUGAAAAUACACCACCUGGAUAUCCAGGUUUAGAAACGAUUCUUCCACUUUUUCUGAAUGCUGUUUACGAAGGAAAAUUAACAAUGGAGGAUCUUAUAGAUAAAUUUUAUCGUAAUCCAAAAAAAAUUUUUAAUAUUCCGGAUCAAUCAAAUACAUAUGUUGAAGUGGAUCUUGAUGAGGAAUGGACUGUUCCUGAAUCAAUGCCUCAUACGAAGUCAAAGUGGACUCCAUUUGCUGGAAUGAAACUUCGUGGAUCUGUCCAUAGAGUAGUAUUAAGAGGCGAAGUUGCUUAUAUAGAUGGCCAAGUUUUAGUUAAUCCAGGAUUUGGUCAAGAUAUUCGAGAAGUACAGCAAACGAUAAAAAAUUAUCAUCAACCAUAUUCAUCGAUAUCAGUGUUGACUAAUGUCACAGCUAAUAAUAUUGAUGAAAUACCUACAGCAAAAAUACAUCCAACUUUAGAACGGCUGUUAUCACCAAAUUAUCAUCACGACAAAUUUAACCAGGGAAUUUUAAAUGAAGAUUUAAGUUAUAAUAGCAAUGCAUUUAAUUUUCUUCAAGCAUCAUCUACAUUGCCUGCAACCAACAAACUGAUUGGAAUAAGUGAAGUGGAAAAUCGAGAUUUUUCCCGUAAUAUAGCAACAUCAGUUCAACGAUGUACUUCACCACUUUUACUUACUACAGCCAUCCCUACCUCUACAACAGCUACUUCUGCAACCGCUAUUAGUAACUUAAGCCAUGGUCAUUUAACUGGUCAGCAUAUUCUUACUGCUGAAAUGUUUUCCAAAGAUCAAUUAAAUGAUAUUUUCAAUACAGCACAAUCACUACGCGCUUGUGUACUAAAAGAAAGACCACUAGAUCAUAUAUUACGUGGAAAAAUAAUGGCAUCCAUAUUUUAUGAAGUUAGCACACGAACUUCUUGCAGCUUUUCAGCAGCAAUGCAGCGACUUGGUGGCCGUGUAAUUCACAUGGACGUGUCCACUUCAUCUGUAAAAAAAGGUGAAAGCUUAGAAGAUUCAGUAGCUGUAAUGGCUGGUUAUGCUGACGUUAUUGUUCUUCGGCAUCCUGAACCAGGUGCAGUUAGUAGAGCAGCACGACAACCAAAUUGCAGUCGAAAGCCCAUGAUUAAUGCAGGUGAUGGCGUCGGUGAACAUCCAACCCAGGCAUUGUUAGACAUUUUUACAAUUCGUGAAGAAAUCGGUACUGUAAAUGGUCUGACAAUAACCAUGGUUGGUGAUUUGAAACAUGGAAGAACAGUUCAUUCUCUAGCACGUUUACUGACGCUUUACAAUGUUAAUUUGAGAUAUGUUAGUCCACCGGAACUAGGAAUGCCCGACCACGUGAUUGAUUAUAUAGCUGAACGCGGGAUUCCUCAAGAGAAAUUUAAUAAUCUUGAAGAUGUACUUCCUGAUACAGACGUUCUCUAUAUGACUCGAAUUCAGCGUGAGCGUUUUGUUACUCACGAAGAGUAUUUGCAGGUCUGUGGACAUUUUAUUGUCACUCCACAACUAAUGACUCGAGCUAAACGUAAAAUGAUUGUCAUGCAUCCUCUUCCUCGCAACUUUGAAAUAAGUUCAGAAUUUGAUACAGAUCCUAGAGCAGCAUAUUUCCGGCAAGCUGAGUGUGGAGUUUACGUACGUAUGGCUUUAUUAGCAUUGAUUCUUGGUCGUUUAUAAAAUAUAAAUUUUUCAUAAUCAUAUAUUGAAUAUAAAUUUACAUAAUUUAUGCAUUAAUUAUAAGAGCGACAGAAAAGAGGCUUGAAAUAAGUAUAAACUACUCAUGACGGAAAUAAUAGAAACUGUUACCAUAUAACAACUGUAUUCUAUAUAUGUAUAUUUUUGUUUUAUUUUUGAAACUUCGUUGGCAAAAAUUCUCUGUAUUAACAAUUGUUAAUGUUAACAUUAACAAUGUUACUGAUAGAAAAUCUAAAUAAUUUUUACAAGAUAUAAUCUAAUUAAAGAAGUUCAUUAUGUAUUUUUUAAUUAAAAACUGAAAGCAACGUCUUUUAUAUUGUGCUAUAAUAUUUCAAUUGUGACAAAAUAAAACUAUUUUGAUAAGCAUUUUUUUAAAUAUUUUUGUAACAAGUUUAUACUGUAUUUCAAAUAAAGUUGAUUGGU